GAUUGAGACCCAUCACUAGGAUUUAAAGCCCUGACUCCUCAGGCACAAAGCCCUGUCUCCUCAGGCACAAAGCCCCGACCAAGUCGGGCAUGAAGACAAAACCCCGACCAAGUCGGGUACGAAGACCGGUCUUAGUCAUUCCUCGAGUGGCGACCGUUGCUUACGAAUGGCUCACACAUCCAUUCUACUAAGUAUUUUAUCAUUACAUUAACAAUUCACAUCUCCACUUGUUUCAAGUGACGAACUCCCGAUCGGGAACAUAAAUCCCAAGAAUUUUUUUUAUAUGUAUGAUAAAUGUGUAGGUACGAAGAUAACUUUACUCAUUUUCACCUCGUCUCCACUCGCCUCAAAGAGUGGGGACUGGGGGACUGAGGGGUCAGAGUUUCAUGCAAGAGCAGGAACGAGAGCUGAGUCAGUUGACGAGGCACCUCCCCAUAAAUGGACAAGGGUGGUGGUCCCCCGGCCGAAGAGGAAGAGCGUUGCAGAUACAGUUUGGACUACUCCCUUUCGCCUCGAGUACUCUCGACUCAGGGAGUGGGGGACUCCUGAUGGAUUAUAUGGACUCCGACCCCCCCGGUAUGCCGACUACUAGGCCUGGACAGCGGCCCACACACGUUUAGCGGAUAUCAUUAAUAUUAUUGUACAUUAUUAUUAUUAUUAUUCAGAUGUUCUAGAUUAGAUUUUUAUACUAUCAGUCCAUUUAUGUAACCGGGUCUGUCAGGCCCAUAUUAGAGGCCCAUACCCGGAUUUUCCCUAUAUAUACUCCUUAUAGGAGGCUUGUAACUCAUAUAACCAAUACUCAUUCUAUACACAUUUCCUUCUUCUUCAUCAUU